AUGGCUCUAAAUACUCCAAAUGUUCCAAAUGCACCACAAACCGAGCACACAGCAGUACAACAGUCGGUGGCUUCCGUUCCACCAACGGGCGUUUUUUCUGAACAACCGAUCAAAUGUGUUUGUUUUCAAUGUGGUGCUACGAUACUGGCACGCGCUGCAAAAGAAAACGGCAUUUUAACUUGGCUUCUCUGUGGCGGCUUAUUACUUAUCGGUUGUUGGUGCGGCUGUUGUCUAAUUCCAUUUUGUGUCGAUUCCGUCAAGGAUACAGUACAUUAUUGCCCACAAUGUUCUACUACACUUGGCAGAAAAAAAGUGCUUUAG